UGUAGUGACAACCAGGUCCCUACUUUUUCUCUCAGUGUCCAAAGGAUAUAUCCACAGGCAUGUUUGCCCGUCUUCGCAGGAGCUUUGGGAGAGUUGAUGUUGAUGGAGAAGAGUCUAGAGAGAAGCAAACGAAACCUGAAAGUAAUGAUGGACACAGGACGUGGUCAUGUGGAAUGUGGAAGGCCUACAGACAAACGUCAUCCCCUGAAACUGUCCUAAACAAGGUGCAGGCCAACGAGGAAGAGGAGAGGCUGAAUAGAGAACUGGAGCUAACUACCAAGGAGAGAAAUGAGCUGACAGAUCGCCUCCUUUAUGUGACAGGUGGAUCCAUGAACAAGAGCAACCUGCACAGCCGGCUCCUGAUGGACCAGGCAUGUAUGAAGAAGAAGUUGGUCACAUUGAAGCAGGAGUGCAAGGAGUUACAGCGAUAUUUGUUUGAGUUGAACCCGAAUGAUGAAGACGAACAGGAGAAGACCAGCAACCUCCAGACCCAGCAAAAUUUGGUCUCAGAAACUACAGGAGACAUGGAAUAGGACAGAUCCCAGGAAGACAGCCCCCUGAAGAAUGAGUUUCUUUCUCAGGAGUUCCCUGCUGAGGACAAUCCUCAACAGUCAAAGACUUUUUUGGGGGGAAUAUUCUUCUUCUCAGUUAAUUUCCUCAAUGUAUAGAGACCCUAAAUUUAUGUAUCCAUAUCCCAGCCUGUCUCCUUGUGGUCUUUCUCCUUUCUCAUACCGACAACACCAUUUGAGAGACAACUGAGGGGACUGCCUUGACAUCUCGUGUCCUAGAGGAGAAACAGCACUACAACUGUGUUUCUAAAUGUUCAUUAAGAAAAUGCUGUUAAGAAAUACUUUUGGUUAUGAUUUUCAUUGAAGUUUUCUUUUUGUUGUUUCAUAGUUACAUAUUCUUGUUACUGUUUUUCAUUUUUUUGUACCAUUUUAGUUGUUCAU